ACAUUGUAUAAUAGUUGAAAAACGAUGAAUUUUUAUACAUUGAAUUAGAUUAAUACUUCUACGUGGUUGCAUACAUUUAUUACCCAGUUUUGACUGUGAGGGGAAUGCCAACUUUUAAAUGGAAUAAUCUCUCUAUGCUGUACUUCGCUGCAGUCCUAAAUGUUACGAAAUUUUCUAUAGCUCUCUGAUAAUUUAUUAUUGUUACCAUAUGUUGGAUUAAAGUAAUAUAUAAAACAAUAUACUUUUGAAACACAAUUCAUAAAUAAAUAAUGUGAAAAAUAAAAACAGGUUUCACAUAACUCAUCACUUUAAAAAGCAUGUUUACGAUUGAUUAACUUUCUUCCUUUUACAUAGAAUUUCAAUAAAAAUGGGCAAAACAAGUAAAGUGGUUAUUUGUGGCAUGAAAGGGGUGGGCAAAACUGCUAUACUGGAGCAACUAAUAUAUGGAAAUGUAAAUAUGAAAUCGUCAUUUUAUCCUACUAUAGAAGACAUUUACGUGGCUAAUAUUGAAACGGAUAGGGGUACGAAGGAGCGUGUUUGUUUCUAUGACACUGCGGGACUCGAGCCUCCGCUUACAGGCGAGUUGAAAGGUCCACCACAAUCACCGACAAUGCAGCUAACAGCCAACCAAGUCCUCCAGAGGCAUUACCUUGGCUUCGCUGAAGGAUUUGUUAUGGUAUAUGACACCACAAAGCCAGAGUCACUCGAUGUUCUGAUGUACCUGAAGAAAGAUAUAGACAGAAAUAAGGAUAAAAAAGAGGUAGUAAUGCUAGUCAUUGGCAACCGUACUGGCCCUGAUGACAUCAACAGUCUCGAGAACACAUGUUCGAAAGCCUCCAACUGGUGUGCCAGAGAGAAAGUUCGGCACUUUGAGGUAUCCGCAAUGGAUCGACCCUCACUUUAUGAACCUUUCAUAUUCAUGACCUCAAAGCUCAAUCCAGUACAAAAUAAGACAGCGUUCCCACAACUUAGUACGUUGAGCAAGUUGACUCAAAAGAAUAAUAGGAGUGACGCUAUGUAACAGUAUAUUUUCAAUCUAUGCCCUUUCUGCUAUCAACCGUGAAGGUUGGUAGCUCUAUUAGGAUUUGGAACUGUUGGAUUUAGUUUCGCCUUUUGCCAGCAACUAUACAAGGUUAAAUCGAAAUCAUUAGCAUUCAUUAUCACCAUAACAACCAUUCACAGUUGAAUAUAGGUCUCCCCAUAAAGGGGGUGUUAGCAGUAGUUGCCACGUUUGGCAGGCGGAUUGGCAACCGCAGUUUGGCUUUAGUGAUGUUUUAAGAGGGACACUGCUUCCCAUACUAGCCAUAUCUUCAUUACCAUCUUCAUCAUUUCUCAUUACCACCUCAUUACCAUUCUCAUUACCAUCAUAUCUUCAUUACCAUCCAUACUGGUAGUUUAUCAUUAUUAAUGUACUCUUAAUAAUAUCUAUUUCCAACAGUUCUAAAACCCCAUUUUGAAAUUGUGGACGUCUUUUUGAAUUUCGAUCGUUGUUAAUGCUGUAACAAUUUUUAUUGCUGUAAGUUAUUAUUUUUUUAAUAAAACCGAUAAGGUUGGUACGUAAUGUGGAUAUAGUAUGCAUAUAAGGUACUACAGUGAACGCUCUAUAUAAGCAACACAUUUGAACUAAGUAAAAUAAAUAAAAAUCUUAUUGGGAAAAGUUACUAGGUAGUUUAUAGGAAAAAAAGGAGUUUAAAGGAUAAAAAUACUGGAAUGUCUGGAAUAUAUUUUUACUUAUUUCUUUUACUAAUUAAGCUGUGUAGAAUAAAUAAAAUAUAAAAAGUAUUGCUUAUAUAGAGCGUUCACUGUAUUACCGCCUAAUAGAAGAUGGUAAUUGUCGCCUAUAGGCAUAGCUGGCACUCGGUUGCAAUGUUAUACUCCAGGACUAAAUUAUGUCAUUAUCAAUGAUUGUACUUGAUUAUUUACAUAAUAUCUGUUCAUGUGUUAGUGGUGCCCUCUAGUAUUGUAUUUUUAUAUCGCUGACAUGGCUUACUGAACGAUAGAAACUGUCCACGGCACGAAACAAGUGAUAAUUAUUUUUAAAGAAUCCAAAAAUGAAUUUCUAAAGUUUAUUUUGUGAUUUCAAUUCCUGAUCUUAUUAUCUCGGACUUCAUAAGCUGAUAUGUCGUUAUUUGCCGCUUUUUUUUAUACAACUUAGAAUGGCAAACAAGCUGUCGGCCCACCUGAUGGAAAGUGGUAACCGUCGCCUUUAGACAUGAGCAGUGCCACGGACAUAACAGAGUAUACUGUUUCGUCCAUGAUACCUCCCAUGCGUUGCCAUUUUUGAGGACUCAGAUGUUAUUCCUCUGUACCCAGUAAAUUCACGCCAUAUCCCACCCUUCAAACCGAAACACAGCCAUGCAAACACAACUGUUAUUAUUUAACAAGUAAAUCCUUAUUAAUAUUAUACAAGUUAAAAUUGAGUUACUUUGUAUCGCCUAAACGGCUUAACCAAUAACUAUGAAAUUUAUAAUACAUAUCCUAUAUAGGAUCGAGAAGGAUAUAGGCCAUUAAUUUAAUUUGGUCAGUAAACAUCCCGCUCACGUAGACAAAGUCGCAUGUAAGAGCUAGUAUUAUAUACAUUAUUUACGAUUAAAUUCAAAAAGAAGUCAUAUACAUUCUUCAUUGAACCAUUGACAAUUAUUUUUAGUUUUUUUUAGUGUAUAUUUCUUUAUAACUUACCUCUUUUCAAAUGAUCUUUUUGAAAAUGAACUGUAUACAGUGAUAUAUUCUACCUAUACACAAUUGUACUUAAAUAGUGUAAUAACAAUAUUCUCAAAAAUUGUGAAUAUCACAAUGAUAGUAUUAACUAAAAACUUAAUUAAAAACUCGAAUUAGAUAUUCUUGUAGCAUGUUUUAUUAGAUUUAUUAUUUAUUUAUUAUUAGAAAAUUAAUUUAUUAUACAUUUCCUACAAUCUUAUGUGAUGUAAUUUAAAAUUUAAAUUUCUUAUACUCGUAUUGUUUAUUUAUAAUUGCGAACAUUUUUUUUUUAUUUGUGUAGUUUUUUUUUUUGUUAUUUAUUCAGCCCCUAAUUUGAUCAUCACUGUCAUCAUGAAUUUGUAAAGUCAAGGGGCAUAGAUUAUAGAACUUUAGUACUUACUUUUUAAAUAACAUGCUGUGCUUGUAAAUAGAGGGUACUUAAGUAAAACAAAAACUUCAUAGUGCAAUAUAUUUAAAAUGAAUUGGCUGUAAAUAGUAGAUAAAAUUAAUUAGCUAAAAUUUUAUAAUAAUAGCUUUAAAUUAAUACUAUAGUAUCUGGUAACACUGGUAGCUUGCAUUUUUGUCGUACACGCCGUCGCUUCUGCGACUGCUAUGAACUGUAAUAGAAUAAUCUACAUAAACUCUGCAAAGGUGGCGACACUGUGCUACAACGUAUACAAUAGCAAAUAGUCAUUGGAGGUCUACUGACAAAAAAAUAGCAUAAAAAUAUUUCUCAAUGGCGGUUUUUUUUUCAUAACUUACAUUCUCCCUUUUUACUAUAGACUAUAAGCAGUGAUUAAAUUUGGAUAAAAGAUUGACGAAAAAUUAUAGGAAAAUGGCGGGAACUUAGAUUAUAGGCGGGAAAUGAUUGGAUUUAAUAAAAUUGUUUUUUGAGUAUAUAUGUAUGGGAAUAACUUAUGAAUGCGUAAUUGUUUGUAAUACAAUAGCGUAAAAAAGGAAAGAAGAAAAAGCGCUCUCAUAUAGAUAAAUUGGCAGUAAGCUUCUUAAUUGUAUUACUUUUAAAUGUGCUCAAUAGUCACUUUCCAUUUACAUGUAAAUUUGUGUCCCACGUUGGGCGCCAAUUUUAUAUUGAACAUAUAAUAAUAUUUAAAAUACUUGUAUUUUGUUGUCUUUAUUAAAUUUCAAAUUAUAUUUUAAUUGCCAAGAGAAGGAAACGGCUACUACGUAUUAUUUUACUGUCUUUCAAGACAUAGAGGUAUAAUUAGCAAAUUUCAGAACACAGAAUUGUCUUGUUUCGCCUCAGUAGGGAAACCCGAGGUACCGGUGUUUACAGACACUGUAUGGACUUUAAAUUUUACUUUUAAUGUAUUUUUAAGUAUUUAUUGCUAGAUAUAAUAUAUAUAUAUAUAUAAAAAAAACAGAUCUAAAUUAUACAUGACAUAAAUUGAGAAAUAAAUUUAAUUAUAUGUGGUGUAUUUAUAUCUACAUUAAUUGAUAUUGAAAUAUUUUUGUGAAUGAAAUAUCUUAAUAAAGUAUUGA